AUGCACAUGGCCAGAUCUAAGGCCAAAACCCUCCAACCGCAGGCCGUCAUCGAGCGCUCGCGGCCGCGGCGCGACCUGGAAAGCGCCCUCGAGGGACUGACGGAGGCCCUCCAAACCGACGACCGGUCGGCGAAAACCAACGUUUACCUGGGCGAUGACGUCCUCAUGAGCUACAUCCCCUUCUUUGACACCCACUUCUUCCUCGACUCCCGGGACCGGGGCGUGACGCCGCACUUGUGUCAAGGCACCGUGUGGGAGCAGGGGACCACGGAAGCGGUGCGCGCGCUCGUGCGCCCGGGGCAGAAUGUAAUUGACGUCGGCGCGUGCGUCGGCUGGUACACGGCGCUGUUCGCGCGCGCUGUGGGACCCACCGGGCGCGUUCUGGCGGUCGAGGCGAACCCCCGCCUGGCGGGCCUGCUCGCGCGCUCGGUGGAAGAGUACCGGACGGUGAGUGUCGUGAAUAAAGCCGUCGGAAAUGAAGACAAGAAGACGGUUUUCGUAAGUGACGAUAUGACGUGGGCCCCGGGGAAUACGGUCGGGGCGGCCGCGGGCGCGGGCGCGGUCCCGGUAACUUACGUGAGGCUGGACACGCUGCUACAAGAGGGACAGUGGGCGCGCGCGCGCGUGGACGUGAUCAAGAUAGACGUGGAGGGACACGAAUGGCAGGUUUGGCAAGGGAUGCAGAAGACAGUAGCGGCGAACCCCAACCUCGAAGUCUUUCUUGAGAUUAACGUGCGGCGCGACAUCAUCAACGGGAUUGAUCCCAUCGAGUUCUACGACGACCUUCAAAGAAAGUUUGAGAACAUGUUUACGAUUAACCCAGACGACGGCCUGCUGGUGCACACGAGCCCGUCCGAGCUGCUUGAAAGUACAGGGAAUGUCCUUCUCUAUUUGAGCAACCAGCCACUUUCGGGACUUGACGAAUGA